UAAAUACACUGUGUAUGAGUGAUACUGCAAUAGAUAUAACAUGUCAUUUUGCACUUUACUCGUUAUCAUAUCAGGUAACUUGAUGAUUACUGUUUAAAGCAAAACAUGGGUCUGCCUAUGGAUCGAUUUGUUAAUCCAGUUGAUGAAAAUCUUAUCUGUAGUAUUUGUCAUGGUGUAUUUAUCAUUCCAGUAGUUACAGAAUGCGGUCAUACAUUCUGUGCUAAUUGUUUGAAAAUAUGGUUGAAUUCAAAAACAGAUCAUUUAAAUCAUUUAACAGUUAGUGUUAAUGAUCGUGUCCGACUAAAUUUCACCUGUCCUACAUGUCGAACAAAACUUGGUAUUAACAAUAGCAGUCAACAGUAUUCUACUGGUAGUACUUUCACGAAUUCUACUCCUAUGCCUGUUAACACAACAACAAGUAGUGUCAGCGGUUAUUGUCUACAAGAUAAACCAAAUAUUAACUUAUUGUCAAUCGCGAGACCAGUGCUUGCAUUGAAAAGUUUUAUAAAUUCAUUACAAAUUUAUUGUGAAUAUGCUAAACGUGGGUGUACUACAAUUGGAAGUUUGGAGGCAAUACAUUUUGGCAAUCAUAAACAUGUAUGCGCUUAUGCACCGGUUGAUUGUGCUGGAUGCGGUAGAACAUUGAAUCGAAUUGAAUUGGCGGCACAUCAAUUAGGCUGUUUUGGUAUACAGGCUGAAUUAGGCGAAAUACGUCAACAAAAUAGUAAACAAUCUCAAGAAAUACAGACAACAGUAGAUAUUGGCAUACAAACUUCAUUGUGUAUCCCACAAGACAAUGAAAAUCAGCAAUCAGAUUGUAGUAGAUCUGAUGUAUCAACAGUGAAAUCGUGUAGUUCAAGUGUUCAAACCUACGAUGAAUAUUCAAAAAGUACAUGUGAUUCUUUCUGUCAAACAGAUUUCAAUUUUAAUGAUUCUGUGAUAAAAUUUGAUCAAUAUCACAACAAUAAUAGAAGUUUACAAUUAUUAAAUGUUAGUCUAAUCAAACUUGUGCAUGCCCUACGUGUUGAAUUAGAUUCAGCUCAAGAAGAAUUAUACAUGAAGAAUUUGAAACAGACUUAAUUUAUCUAUGCAUUAGACAAUGAUGUUGUUCACC